GAUGCUCACAUGAGCAUUACUUCUCUCUCGCAUAAUUGACAGACGCUUGUUGUGCCAGCCAGACCCAUUGACGUCAAUGGAUUUCAGCGCACACGCCCUACGUGGCCUGUGGGCGGAGCCAUCCACCCCUCCAUCCCUCCGCCCCCCUACCCCAGACCGCCGUGGUUGGUCGACACAAAGCGCUCUCCCAGGACAGCUCCAUUCUCAUUGGUGAUUCGACGACCCUUGAUUUGUGAUCGACAGUCGGCUCAAGAGCACAAAUUGGUUGCAGGUGAAGCAAGGUAAUAGACUUGUUCCUUGCUACGUUUCAGACGCUGUUGGAGUUUUUAUUGGGAAAGGAGCAGCGAUGCGGUAGGAGCAGGGUCCGCUGGAUAUAUCAGUUAAUCCCGGAGUAGAGUUGUUGUAUGCCACCCUUUCCUGUGUUUCUCGGGAUGGAUACCGGACCAGCCUCCCCUCCUUCCCGCAUUGUGGCUGGCCCGUCCUCGCGGCUUGCUGAGAGGAGGAGUCGGAAAGCUGGCUCAGGGAACAUUUUCAGCAACGUCAAUCUGUGGCAGCUGCAGAGACUGUUCAGGGCAGCAGGGGACCAGGACGCGGAGCAGAGGGCCCAGCUGAUCUGGGGCCAUGGGGAUGAGACUGAACUGGCUCAGGCCUUGAUUGGACUGAGGGCCCGGAGUCACCGGAGAGGGCUGAGAACGAAUGGGAGAGAUGCUCUAGGGUCACACUGGCUACGUGCCUUCAAUCACCUCAGGAUUGGGGAGAGCUCGGCCAGCAACCAGGGAAAGGACGGAGGAGAGGAGAACGACUCUGACGCAGGAGCACACAGCAGCCCAGAGCCACACCGACACCCCGCUGCAGGAGUGACAGGAAGAGGCACAGGGACCACAGUGGUACUAACGGAGAGCCACAGCCCUGCAGGGACGUCUGAGAGGCCAGUUAGAGUCGGGUCUGGACUGAGGAGAGGAGGAGAGAGCAAACCAGAGAGAUACCUCCACCGAAUACUCCACUGACUGACUAGCCUGUAUGUCUGAGUAUCAGCCAGCACUGAUUUGUUUCAAUUAGAGGUCACACAGUCUUGCCUUUAAAUGGCACAGAUCACACAGCACUGCACCGUUACUUGUUGCAAAUACAUCUCCACCUGAAUAUCGUAGGCAGGAUGUAGCUCUGACCAGCUCCUGGUAUCUCAACCACUUUGUACUGUGUUUUGAAAAACUGCCUUAUGUGCUUUCUUAAAUUCACCCUACCACUGACUCUUACCAUGCAUACUUAAAUUAUGAACAGUAUUGGUAUUUAUCAGACUGAAAGCACUGAUAUUAUAAUGUAUGGUCACAUGGUGGAUAUAUUAUUGUAAAUGGUUGUAUCCAUGUCCUGUACCAUACACAAAGCCAUAUAUAUACAGGAUUAUAUACUGUAGUUUGAAAAGAUAUUUACUUUUUGGAUUUGUAUUCACACUAAUUGAGGUCACAAAAAGUGUUAAACUUGACAGAAGCUUUACCCACUGUGUCACUGGUUAUGUGCGCAGUAUGUUAUACAACACUACAAACGGGUCAAAAUGCAAUGACAGCAGUGUUAGUUGUCACAAGAUGUAGAAAUACAGACCUACACACUACUGCACCUUCACAGACUCAAGCUUUCUGAUUGACAACUGUGCCAGACCUCAGUUGCUGGUUUUCAUUAUGCGGCAGUCUGUCAGCUCAGCCAAGAGACCAAACCUAAAGGUCAUAGUCAAAAUGACCCUUGCUGUUCAGAGAAAGAAGAACUUUAACUUAAACUGUUGUCGUAAAAUGUAUGUGGUAACAGUGUGAAAACCCACUGUGCCUAUGAAAGACUCCAACCUCAACAGAGUGCUGGAAACUUGAUGAAGCUUUUUGAUAAUACUGUUUGAUGUGUCAUUUUUAGAUUUAUGAUAAUAAAGAAGUGAGUCCUUGUA